UCACUCGAUAGCCUUGCAAAGAAUUGCGCCUGGCGGUACACUACUUGAUAGAGACUUGCGCACGUCACCGGCGGCCACUUCGAAUCGAAUCUUGCGCCUUCGCCCAUAGUCACCGCCGACCAUUACCCUACCUCUUGAGCGGGGUCCGUCCAUCCCACUUCCUCACGCGCCACGCUUCACAUCAGUACUCUCGCACCAGCACUGCAACAAUGGGUGCCAAGGUUCCGCGCAACUUUCGUUUGCUGGAAGAGCUGGAGAAGGGUGAGAAGGGGCUUGGUGCUGAGGCCUGCUCGUAUGGCCUGGACAACGGAGACGAUCUUUUGAUGUCAGACUGGAACGGCACCAUACUGGGUCCACCCCAUAGCGUUCACGAGAACCGCAUCUACAGCGUGUCGAUCCACUGCGGCCCAGAGUACCCUGACGCACCCCCGGACAUCAAGUUCACGUCCAAGAUCAACCUGCCCUGCGUCAACCCUCAGAACGGAAAGGUCGAUCCCACAAAGCUGCCCUGCCUGGCCCAGUGGAAACGUGAGUUUACCAUGGAGACCAUACUCAUCGAGCUCCGAAGAUACAUGGCGCUUCCCCAGAACAAGAAGCUUCCACAGCCUCCUGAAGGAACGACUUUCUAGCCGUGUUCACUAACACCAACUGUCCUGAGAAAGCAGUUCAAACAGACGUGUGACUGUAUGCUAAAUCUGAAUGUACGACGAGACAACGUGAAGGUGCAUGGGCCGGAGUUUUGGUCUGCCAGAUGAACUCAUAGUCUAGACAAUUGACCACGACUAUGAAUGAUAUACAUAUUUUCUUGAAA